GGGCGACAGUCAUUUCGUAAGUUGUCAAGCAAGCUUGUCCUGCUUGAAGAUGGACGGUCAAUCCUUUGAGUCGGACCUCAUUGCUGCAGUCGUGGCGCGCAACCUGAACGAAGUAAAGCGUCUUCUAGGUCCCAUUGACAUCCAUAACAAGGAAAUCAAACCCGCACUUGCGCGGUCAUUUGUCCAAGCUGCCGGAAGAGAUGCGUCCAUUGUACACUGGUUCUUGGAACUAAAGUUUGACGUGAAUGCGAUGGAUGAAGAUGGAGACACUGCGUUGAUGGUGGCCGCACGUGGUGAAGUCAAAAGCUUCAAUCAGGAUACGACUGAAACGAACAUUGGCCAUUCCAAACGAGGGGAAAAGACAUUUGUGGAAAGCGCGAAAAUACUGGCCGAACUUCUGCAACAAAAGCCAAAGCCUGAUGUGAAUUUGGCAAACAAAGAAGGGCGCACUGCACUGAUUCAAGCCGUUGUGUUCUCUGGGGAUCACAACAUUGUCCAACUACUCUUGAGAGAGAGGUGCGAUCCCAAUGUGGUGGACGAGAAACGGCACUCGGCACUUCAUUAUGCGGCUGCGAAAGGACAAAUUCAGACAAUGAAGCUUUUGUUGCACGCGACCUGCGACGUCCUCGCAAUUACAAUGGAUGGAGAUUCGGUAUUGCAUAAAGUAUGCGAAUCGGGCAAACUCGAGGCGGUAAAGACGAUUUUGGCGGUGGAAAAUGUCGACAUUAACGUCGAAAACAAAGAAAAACAAACUCCUCUCAUGCUGGCCGCAAGCAAUGGGUACUUGGACAUUGUGCAAGAAUUGUUGGUGUGCGGAGCUGAUGUUACAAAACGGAAUCAGAUUGGCAUGACAGCACUACAUUUGGCUAUCAGCAAUGGCGUUGACAUUGAAGUUGUCCAAUGCCUCGUCGAAGCCAACUCUGACUUUGAAAAUGCUUGCACGGAUGAGUACUCAGCCGAGACGGUGUUGAUCACUGCAGUCAUUUCGUCAAGCGUAUCUGUUGUAAAUUACCUUUUGAGCAAAGGUGCAAAUAUCCACGCCAAGAACAAGGAUGGUCAAACCCCCCUUAUUGCAGCCGCAAUGCACAACAAAGUCAAAAUGAUCAAACUACUGUUGGAACACAAUGCCGUAGUCGAUGAAAUGGACAAAGAGGGCAGUACGGCGUUGAUGAAAGCUGUGAUCAACCUCAAUCAUGAUGCAACGGAAUUGCUGAUUGAAAAUGGCGCUAAUUUGCAGCUUCAAAAUAAAAGUGGUUACACGGCCAUUUCGCUGGCAAUCUACAAGAAGAUGGAGUUCGGGAAAAAAUUGUAUGUGAAACAUCAAGCCAACGUUGUUAAGAGCCUGUCGUCAAACAACAUGGCCAAACCAUUGCAAGCCCCUCAAGUGUCGUCUUCCUCCCCGGAGCUCUUGCAUAUUGGAGAUUAUAUCACGCUUAAUCUUGGCGCAGACCAUGAAAUCCUUGGAUGCGAUGGAUUCGUCUGUACGACUUUGAAAUCGCCUGUGGCCAAUGGCGAAUGGGACGAUGGCGUGUUUUGCAUCCAUCCGCAGUUGGCGUAUGACCACGUGGAUAUGACAUCGACGAACCAUCCAUACUAUGAAGUCAUUGACCCUUAUUCCGAACACGAACGCGAAAAGAAGAGAAAUUCGACGAAAUUGGCCCAAAUGUUGCAUUCGAAAGAAGUUGUUCAACCAGACACAAUUGUUCAACUAUUUCACGUCAAAUCGCAAAAGUACUUGCGAGUGAAUCCCAUGGCAGAUGACAGCAUGACGAAUGCGUCGCUGGAUAAUCUCGCGUCCAACUAUUCGUGGAUUCAAUUCUCCCCGGUUGUCAGCCAAGAUUUGGUCACGAACGCAGAGGUGCAACUCAUGAGCGCAUGCAUCCCAAAAUUGUACAAAGGAAAUCGCAAGCCCAAGCUUGUGCAUUUGGUGGACAAAAUCGACGACAUCAAGCUAUAUGUUGCCCUGCAUUGUACAUACGAUCCGUUGUUGCACCACCCUCUCAGCAUUGUGCGAGGGUCCUGCUGGUUUUCUGGAGAUGGUUUGCGCCAAUUUCCGCUUUCCACAUCCGCGUCCUUGACGCUAAAGUCGGAGAGGAUGGAUGCACUAUCAGCUUUUGAAUUGCAAAAAGCAUCCGAUGGAACUUCCUACGAAUUGCGCCACGUGGUGUCUCGAUUUCUCUUGGGAAUUGAGUGUCCCUGUUCAAAGACCGAACAAAUCGGGGCGCUUCUGGUGAACUCGUCAGUGACCAGCCGUGUCGCGAAGUUGCAAAUUGAUUCAAAAGACAAAAACGCGCCAAUUGACGAAGAAAACAACCAUGACAAUUACAUGGUCAACAAGCUCUUUCAAUUGUCCCACAUUUGCAAAGCAUGUGGCAACAAAUGGUGCCUGAACACUCAAGAGAACAAGGUUGUUUGGAACCGCUUCGAAUCUUGGUUUGCUCUUGACCCUAUCGAAUCUGGAUUUAUCCAAAAGAUAAACCAUGUCUGCUCAUGGAGAGAGGCGUUCUUGAAGGUUGUUCAAAACGAAAUGGACUUAGGAGUUCACCAGGCUACUCAAGAGACUUUGCGUCAAAGCAUUCAGGAUGCUCUUGUUGCAAGCAGACAAGUAUGCGAGCUUAUGGAAAAUCCGUACCUUUUUGGCGUUGCAGAGCGCAUUCAACGUAUUUGCUCAGAAGUGAUAUUCUUGGACGCUAUGUUUCUUACUGCAUCCAUGUUUCGCUCUAUUUCCCUGGACGACGAAGUGCUGUCGCAUUUCUUCAAAGCCAUGCGCCUGUUGGUCGUCGGGAACGAAUCGUUUGAAGCUUACCUUGUUGAGCAAUUCGAACAUCCCAUUGGAAAAAUCAAGAUUUUGUCUGGCUUGGACAUUAAAUAUGCUUCGAAAUACGUGGAUGCAAGAACGAUCUUGACAAGCAUGAUCGGAAAAAACACUCGUACUGUGGCGUAUCUACUGGAAGCUAUAAACACGGACACUCAACUCGACACGUUCAUCUGGACGAACAAGGCGCAGUUCUUGAUCUCCCUCAGUAACGCCAGCCGAAGUGACCCCCUCAUCUCGUACAAACUCUACAAUCAUGAAAUCGCAAUUGCAAAAAUGUGGCUCAAGAACUGGGACACUAUGGCGGCGAAAUCGUAUACCAAGGAUGGUGAAGUAUGGGUUCGUUGGAAUGACUCGUGCUCUGGAAGAAAAGAAUCGAAGAAUCUACUCAAUCGCUCGCGAGCAAUUUCAAUGGGAACCUUGCGCGUCGUGUCGGACGAUACGUCCAUUGCAAUUCCACUUCAAGACAUUGUUAAUGCCUUCGAGAGAACUACCGUGGCCAAUGAUGCUAUCAAUUCGUGGAUGAUCUCGUAUCUCCAUCACCUCAAGCUUGUUUCAGCUCUGUGCAGAAACAAUGCUGAUACACGACCUCUCUUUCGCGACCACUUCCCCCCUGAACUUCUGAUGGAUGGCGCGUGCAACGAUGGAUUGUCAUUCCCUAUCCGUUCCUUGUAUCUCGAACUUUUCGAACUUUUGUGCGUGCCAGCGUAUCAAGUCCCAGAAUGUGUGCAAUUGACAACUCUCUACUUGGACGUCCGCGAACAGCAAUCGCAGCUGACGCUUGGUCAAUUCAAACGACUGGAUAUGCUCAUCCAGUCCAAACUCGUGCCACCGACGAAGCAAGAAACGCCUGCCAUGUUUGGAUUUAUUGAACGGCUUUUAAUUACGAUGGAAACAUUGAUCAACGGGGGAUUCUAUACAUCCGAAAAGGGGAAGUGUGCCAAAGCCAUCGAAGUGUUGUAUUCAGUUGCUAUGGCAUGGGAUGACGAGGACCUCAAGUUCGACAUUUCUCCACAACGUGAAGAUGACCCAUUCAACUUAUUGUCCCAACAAUCGACUGGGACGUCGUCAGUGAUUUUAUGCCUUCGCCGAUUAAUUCCACUGGCACGAAAAUUGACACGGUUUUCCAUCGUUGCGAAAUCUCAAAAAGGCUUGAAACCUGACUUCAAACAGCCCAUCGUGCAUUUCUUGUCGCGCCUCCUCAACCACGAUGAUAAAGUUGUCGCUCAAGAAGCGUUUAUGACGUUAUCCGAGCUCCUCCCGGAUCAUUCGUUUCCUUGGCUAGACAACGACAAGCUGUUGUGUUCAACACUAAAAACUUUGGACCAUCCCAAACUGCUGGAAGUAUUUUCAGAUGCGAACUUGAUUUUCAAUGGCGGUGCACAUGUCGUCCACGGAAAUGUUGAAGUAAGAGGCAAGUCAGAAGACUCGGAAACAGCCCGAAAGAAGGCCAAGUCGCCUAAAUCUGGUUUACAGCGUGCUGCGCAGAAGAUCAACCAAUGGAUGUCUGAAUUUGCGAAGACUAACUUCGUCUUUCUACGUUUGGCGAAUGUCCCAAGUCGUAUCAUUGCUUACAUUGAAGACUCCCUUGCCAAGAACAUGUUCGUUGUCCCAACCAAUGAUAUCCUCGCCUCGGAAUGGCGGUACUACUUGACUACUGUUGAUCGCAUCGAUCUGAGUGACAACGAAUCGCUGUUUUUGUUUCGCCAGUCAAAGGAAAAGAUUCUGGAAGACAGAGUGGCGUUGAUUGACUCGAUGUUGGAGGUCAUUCACCGACUUGCUCCCUACUUGACGGGGGAUUUGUGCGUCGCUCUGUUGAACGUGAUGGUACCGUUGCUCCACGCACGAUCUAGCUUGGUCGGAAGGGUGUCCAAAGUUGUAACUACUUUGCUCAAGCAAGCGUAUGUCGAUGUGGAUGGUCGGUUUACAAAGAUCUUUAACGCUCUGCUACAUCAUGUGGUCAAUAGCGACGAUGCGGGUCAAUGUGUGCUGCGGAUGCUUCGUCAAUCCAACAGUGACGAAUGGAAACGUGAAACGAUGGUUUUUCUCUUCCACUCCAACUUUGACCUAAGUUCAGUACCAAGGCUACCAACGUACCACAUCUUUGAAAUCAUCUGCAUUGUGGCCAAUGGCUCGACGAAUGAGAGUAUCUACGGCCAUCUCGAAAGCAAGGCAUUGUUGCCCCUCGACUGGAUGGUGAGUUUGCUGUCGCAUGCCACCGAUUCAGGUGAUGCACAACGGGCAAGUCUCCAGUUGAUCAAGACCAUGUACUUUGAAAGUGAUGUUGAAACAGCAUGGAUGAACACCGAAUUGCCUAAAACGAUCGACGCGUUUCAAUAUUGCCUGCGACACUUGGAAAGCAACGUCAAUGAAUCCGUCUUGCUUAUUGGGAUCUUGCCGUUUGUGCGCGCCUGGAAUGCAUUGUCCAUCAAGUACAGGGCCACUAAUGCGGCAGUCCGUGAAUUUCACGUGGCAAUUGGUCCAAUCCUGAAAAAGAUCGCUGCAUUGCUCAAGGAUGUAGCAUCCAAACAUCACUUUCAUUGUUCGAAUGCCGAACAACGUUUGGACAACAUGAUGAAACGUUUAGAAGUUCCCUCAUCGUGCUCCAACAUGCUUCAAGUGACGUUGGCAUUCAGGGAAAUCAAAUACAUGUACGAGGACCCUCGAUUUGCCACACCGGUAAUCAGUGAAAUGGACCCAAAUCUCAAACCUUGCAAAUCCCAAUUCUACAAAGAAGCUGGAAAGCUCUUGGUCGACAACAUGGCGCCAUACUUGCUCUACAAUGAUGCGCACAAGCGAAUUCCGUAUGCUGUUCUCCUGUCGACGAAGAAGAUCCCCCAUGCCACCGCGGACGAUGACCCUGACUUUCGUCAUUUGAAAGCUGUCGCGAAAUACUUGAUCCAAAUGCAGACCACUCGCGUUCAGCCAGAUUUGUUGGCACUGAUCAUGGAGCAGCAAGAGCUGAACGACGUCAAGACAACAACCAAGACAUUGUCAUGGCCGAAAACGUAUCUGCAAAAGCAAAUAAAGUUGCCAGGGUCCAACCCAACGACGAAACUCAACGAGCGCAAGUUCAACGGAAAGAACUAUUACACAUUGGAAAUGCCCGGCGAAGACGACGAAGAAGAGGACGUCAAUGCGGUAGAAGUGCAUGAUUCACUGAUCCAUAUUGCGUACAAAAAGUGGACGAGCAAGGCCGAGCCUUUGGAUAUGCAAACGCUCAUGGAGUCUCUUGUUCGACUCAUCACUCUAUCGUCGUCGGCUUCCGCGUUGGGCCUUCGUGUCUUCAUCCAGUCGUUAGCUUCAAAACGGGAAAUUGCUGAAGAUGUCCACGUUGACGACGCCAAGUUCCUGUUGCACGCGAGGCUCGAGUGGAAAAAGAUGAUCUCCACCGCUGUCAAGGCAAACGCGACAUCUCUCGUGUUCUGGUGUGUGGGGGAAAGCUUGAAGGAGUCUAUGAGCCCGAUGAAAAGUCGACUGGCCAUGGAUUUGAUCUCGGAAUUGCUGGCGGAUGGGUUCAAGGAAGGCCAAGACGCAUUGUUUAACGAUUAUGAUGCUCUCGACGACACCAAGAAAGUGCACUUGUUCCAAUUCUUGACGUCACACGUCGGUGGCAUUUCGCACGAAGUCACUGUCGUGACACUCAAGUUGUUCCAACAGUUGUGUGAAGGACACCACGCAAACUGGCAGCAUGCUAUGCGUAGUAGCCGCUUCAGCCGCAGUGUUAUCGAUACCGUCAUCAACCUCAUGUCACGCAUUUGCAACCAAGCUGAAGGGAUGUUUUCGCUGGCAGCUAUUGAGAUUCUGACCAGUGCACUGGUGUUUUUGAGCGAAGUGUGUCAAGGCCCGUGCCUGGACAAUCAGCAAUAUCUCGUUGAGUCUGUCGUCCCUCGUCUGUGCGCCGACUUAAGUUUGGGAAAGAUUCAAUGUGAAAACGGCAAAUACCCGCUUCCCCUGUCGCAACUGAAGCACCGGGCAAAUGAGCUAUUGCUGUCGCUCGGUGAAGGUCGAACGGACAACCUCGUUCACAAUCACUUGGCCGAGCUGCUGCGUCCGCAAUUGUUACUCGAUGUGAUUUCAGGAAAUCGAUCCCAGAUUAAGGUUUUGCGAAAGGGGACAAAAGAUUUAGCUUUGGCUCAGGCGUACUUCACUGAGACGAUUGAACUAUUGCGUGUGGUGUAUUCGCUCUUGUCAAAAGCCACCGCAAGUGAAAACGACAUGUUGACCCAGUUUUCCAAGCACUGGGACGAAAUAAAGCUGGACAACGAAAACGUGGAAUAUUUUGCCAAACAAGUCAUCAGUGUCGAGAUUGUCCGAGGCGAUUCCGCCAUCCGAGUGUACUUCCCUCAGCCUAAAGAAGCCAAGUACCUUCGCAAACCCGAAAAGAGACGCUUACUCGAUAUCAUGAACCUCGGCGAAGAUAAUGCGUUAGCUGCAUUUACUUCCACGGACGCUCGAAACCUUGCCGAAGAGCUGCGCGCGCGACACGUGCUUGCUUCCAAUGUCGAGUACGCCUGGAUGAAUGAGUGGCAGACAAUGCUUCGAUGGUGGAUGUUUAUUGUCGGCUUCUAUAUCAACUUUGUGAUGGUGCUCGGGCUGGCGAUCAACCCCGACACUGCAGAGCCGGUCGUUCACAUCUGGAUUGAAUGGUUCAUAUCAGUCCUCGGAGGCGUGUUUUGUAUCUUGUGCAGCAGUUUGUGGCUGUACAACGUGAUCACUGAAACUACGUUUUCGUAUGCGCGACAAUUGCUUCGACCUAGUAAACUUCGGCGCAUGUCCAGAAGCGACAUCAAACUCGAAAUUUGGGAUGCUGUUGGAUCCGCUGGGUACACUAUUGUCGGGUGGUUGGCGAUUUUCGCUGUAAUCAUCAUGGAGUAUGGUUUCGACGACGACGUUACGUUUGUGAUUUUGAAAGUGUCGGGGGCGUACAUUGCAGUCUUGAUUGUGCUUUCGCUUCGCAAAAUUGGCGACAUUUAUCACUUUUCUUAUAUCGAAGGCGAAAAAGUCAAGAGUUCGGAUGGCCUUGGCUCGAACAUGCUGUUCUGGUUCAACGCGAUCAUUGACACGGUUACUCGGGGCAACUUUUACGUGUUUACCACGUACACGCUUUGUGCCUUCAUGGGCCUUGCUCACGAUUCUGGAUACUCGUGUUUCUUGUGGUAUGGGCUCCCUUUGCUUGACAUCCUAGCCAUCAACGCACGGCUGUCCAACAUCUUGAAAGCAGUCACGUCAAACGUUGCCCCGCUCUCGGUGACUCUGGCGUUUGGAGCGAUUGUGAUUUACUUGUUUUCGCUCAUCGGGUUUUUCCGGUACCAGGAUUUGAUGACCGACAGCGCGUCGGUGCUCCAGUGUUCGUCCCUGAUGCAAUGCUACUUUACGUUCAUCCACUAUGGCUUGCUCAGUGGCGGUGGUAUUGGCGACUACAUCUCCAACACGCUAUCGCACCCUCUGGAUUACAACUCCGGCACGAUGUUCCACGAGCGUCUCAUGUUUGACUUGGCGUUUUACAUAUUCAUUCUGGUGCUGUUGAUCAACUUGAUCAUGGGUAUCAUCAUCGAUUCGUUCACGUCGUUACGUGAGUCGUCCGAACGCAAGCUCGAAAUUGAAAUGAACACGUGUCUUGUGUGCAACGACGCGAAAGACGACAUCGAGUACCGAGGAGUCCUCGGAGGGCUCACGAACAACUUCAAACGCCAUACGGAAGAAGAGCACAACCUAUGGAAUUACCUGUUCUUCAUCAUGUACUUGGACUCAAAGCCAUCCACGAGCAUGAACGGGACGGAAUCGUUUGCGUACCAAAAGCUUCUCGCCAAGGACAUGUCCUGGCUCCCCAAGCGUAAGGGCCUUCCUACGGAAAAGGCUGUCGAAGGUAUAGUACAAUGAGCCAACGAAUGAAUACAUUUGGUACAUGUUGACUGC